AAAAAUGGCUGUGAAUUCGGUAUUAUUGCUAAACUAGGAAAUAUAUUUUUGAUAAGAUUUCCAAUAAAGAUCGGGGGUAUCAGGCCAUGGCACCUGAAAUUCGGUAAACGUGUUACGGCGCGGAUAACACUGCGGAACAAUGCGGUAGUAGCUACGCGCAGCUUCACCGCUCACACUUCCCGUAUCGAAACCACUUUUCAUGGAUUAGUGGUCAGAGGGAACCAUUAUCUUCUUGCCAACGAUAACAAAUUUUGCUCCCACGAGGGGCUGCAAUUACGGCAGAAAAUGGACAAAGUAAAAUCUUGAUUGGUAUUACCUCGGACCUCUU